AUGCAGCGUGAAACUCCUAGUGUUCAAAGCUCGUCUGGACGUGGUCGGAGCUCAGUUGUCUCUGCAUCGGAUAAGGAAUCAUCAUCUGGACGACGUACCGCAUCAUCGAAAAGCAAUAAUGAGGGCGCUAGCCGUCCCAAAACGAGUGCUAGUCGACCCAAAACUGCGACAUCACGAGAGAACUCUGUCAUUGUCUGUAUCAGUCAAGGAAGAGGGGUCGCUUCUGAUAUUGGCAUGGCAUCUAUGGAUAUCAAGACUAGUGAAUGUAUUCUACAUCAGUUCGGUGAUACUCCCAGCUAUGUCAAGCUUUUACACAAGCUGCACUUGUACAAUCCUCUGGAGGUACUCAUGUCAAGCACCAUGAAUGAACCACCCAAGUCAAAGAUAUGUGAAGCUAUCGAAGGGGAAUUCCCAGAUAUUUCAAUCGCUCCCGUGGAUCGAAAAUACUUCAAAGAUAGUGCAGGUCUCAACUAUAUCAAGGAAUAUGGACUUGAAGCUGACAUACCUAAUUUGAUUGUCGGCAUUCAGAAAAAGUACUUUGCACUCACAGCUCUCGCAUCGUUACUCAAACACAUUGAACUACACCGGAGCAUUGGUUUCCCUCAACAUUCAAUCCAAUUCAAGUUUCAAGCUAUCGAUGGGACAGUUAUGAUUGAUGCUGUCACGUCAAGAAACCUGGAACUUGUGACAAACAUUACAGCUGGUCAUCAUGGAUUUUCUCUCUUCUCGGUCCUUAAUCACACAUGUACGCCUAUGGGUGCUCGCUUAUUAAGGACGAAUAUCUUGCAGCCACCUUCAAACGAGAGGACUAUCAAUACAAGAUUGGAUUCUGUGGAAGAUUUAAUUCACAACCAGGAAAUGUUCUUUGCUGUCAAAUCAGCUCUCAAAGGAUUUCCGGACGUACAUCAUCUCAUCACUAGUCUCAUUCAAGUCAACAAGAAGCCAAGUGUAAAGCACUCCGAACAAUCCACCAACCACGUAAUCACUCUCAAACAUACUUUGGAAUGUGUUGGACCUCUUCAAGCGGCGCUCACAUCAAGUCGGUCUGAACUGAUACGGUCCAUAUAUAAGACUAUCGCUGGUGAUGAUUUGGAACUCAUGCGUACUCGUAUUGAUGAAGUCAUCAAUGAAGAUGUUGCUUUGCAACGUACUCCAAUUGGUCUUCGAAACCAGCGAUGUUAUGCUGCUGGAUACAAUGGAUUGUUGGAUGUUGCUCGUCAAACAUACAAGGAGACAACGAACGACAUUUACGAAGCAACCACGCAAUAUAGUCAAAAAUACGAAUUGGAUCUCAAACUUUCCUUCUCCUCAUCGGUGAAUGGCUUUCUGUUGUCGACUACAAAGGAAUUGCUCGGAGAUCGUGAGCUGCCUUUGGAAUUCAUCAACGUCUCACACAAGAAGAAUGUUUUGUCAUUCACUACCUUGAGGAUUAUGGCGAUGAAUGAUCGGAUCAAUGAGAGUUUGACUGAAGUCUACCUCAUGUCUGAUAGAACAAUUGCUGAACUCGUCACUUUCAUUCGAGCACACAUCGCCUAUUUGUAUCGCCUGUCAGAAUGUGUUGCUCUGCUUGACAUGAUCAUGUCCUUUGCUCAUUACUCCACAAUCACCAACUGCACUCGACCAGAAUUCACGCAAACCUUAGCUAUUCGAUCUGGUCGCCAUCCUAUCCGGGAUGCUCAAAACAUUGGCUCCUUUGUACCAAACGAUGUCUAUGCCGUCGCAGGCGGCACGUUUGAGAUUGUGACAGGACCGAAUAUGGCAGGGAAGAGCACGUACUUAAGACAAAUCGCUCUAAUCAAUAUUGUUGGUCAGCUUGGAUGUUUUGUACCAGCUGAGUAUGCCUCAUUUCGAAUUAUUCAUUCGCUAUUCUCGCGUAUUGGGAAUGAUGAUUGCUCUGAGGCAAAUGCUUCCUCAUUCAUGAUUGAAAUGAGAGAAGCAGCCUACAUUCUUCAAAAUGCUACUCCUCGCUCAUUAAUCAUCAUUGAUGAAUUGGGUCGAGGAACAUCAACGUAUGAUGGAUUGGGAAUGACUUUUGCCAUCGCAGAAGACUUGAUUGACACCAAAGCAUUCGUUUUCUUUGCCACUCACUUUUCCGAGUUGGCUCAUGACCUUGAUUUGCAACCCAAUGUCGUCAAUCUGCAUCUCAAAGUGACUACUUCUUCAGCAUGUGCUCAUUAUACUUCUCAGAUGAGUACUACAAGUUUGCAGCCAGGUGGUUUGCACUUUACAUAUUGUAUUGGAGAUGGACCUAUGGAAGAAGGAGCACAUUAUGGAUUGCAGUUGGCUAGUGUCUCUGGUUUCCCAAAUAAUAUUAUUGAACGAGCAGAAGUUGUGGCCAUCAAGCUGGAGAAAAUGUCUGCAGAAGCGAGGAUGCGAAAUCAAGUUGAGCAUCAAGAGAAUGCUUUGAAGAUGCUCAACACACAGUUUGCACAAAGGCUCUGUCAAGCACGCAGAUCAUCAAAUCUGUCAGAGCCUGAACUUCGUAAAUACCUUCAUGAUUUACAAACUGAGUAUUUGCAGAGCAGACGAGUAUUGGAAGGUGGUAGUAGUGCGCCUUCAAGCAACUGA